AUGUCUGCUCCGUCAUUCGCUGAGCUAGAGGAAGCUGCUAGUGCUGUUAUUCGCAUCUUGAAGUCCUUGCCUGAUUUUGCGAAUGCUAAGAUCGCGGUGAUUGGAGGCCUUAGUCUCUGGAAGUAUCUUCGAGGCUAUCGCACUACUGAGGUUGAAUUCUAUGAUGUUGACUUCCUCAUCACCGUUCAAGGGGCUCCCAAAGUAGUUAAAGAUAAGCUGCUUGCUAUGUCAUCCAGUCCUUUCCAGCAGCAGGCCCAACUCUUUUUCUACAAGGGCCCGAACGGCAAGCUUAUACAAAUUGAUAUCACCCCUGAUUGGCAGUCUCCUUAUCUACCCUCUGCGGCAACGUCAGUGUUGGCUAUUCAGCCCGGGUCUCUCCCAUAUAUCUCAGAAAUAGACCUUCUAGUCUUCAAGAUAAACUGCUGUGGCUUGCGACCCACCCCGGCGAAAAAGGUGCGUGAUGCAGCUGAUGCCGCGUCCCUAGCCGACGAUCUCAGUUCCAAAGGGUCGAUCGUCCUGUCGCCUACUCAAAAGGCUGCUGUUCUCCAGGGGUUGGAUGACGUAGCUCAGUUUUCUGGUAGAGAAAAGACCUGGUGGAAGACAAAACUAGCACUAAGUUGA